UAGGUCAUACUGUGUCUAGUUUGUUACGAAAAAGAGAGAUUCCAGGGUUGACUUUGAAUCUCGUAAACUUCGGCCUCUAUUUUAACUAAUAUUUCUCUCUAAAAUCACUCCUAUAAUCUUCCACUUCUUUUCUCUCUACCGAAACACGAAUUGGGGUCAGCUAGAGAGAGCUUCGGAUCCCUCCCUGCAAAUUUAAUUGGUUAUUCGUGUAAUUCCAGGACAUCGAUCCAGUUAAGCCGGGAAAAUGGCCUUAACUAUUAAGCAGUUUUCGUUGAUUGUGGCCUUUUCUGGUGUGUUGUCCUUCAUUUUUGGAGUUGUUGCUGAAAAUAAAAAGCCUGCUGCAGGCACUCCAGUUCCAGGGAUAGGUGUUAUUAUGUGCAAAUAUCCCUCUGAUCCAACUGUGGCUUUGGGGUAUCUGUCUUUAGCAUUUCUCGUGGUAUCAACAGUUUUUGGGCUUUGGUCAUUGUUUUAUCCGUACAAAGGAAAGUCCGUUCCACAAGGUGCUUUGUUCCGGAGCACCACCUUUGUCGUUUUCUUCAACAUUGCUUUGUUCACAGCAGGAUUAGCUGCAGCCCUCUUGUUGUGGCCUACACUCACAGAGCAAUUUCACCUAUUGCACAAUGUCCACCGCACUCCUAAGGCAGAUUGCCCUACCGCUAAGACGGGUCUGUUUGGCGGCGGUGCUUUUGUGUCUCUUGAUUCAGCACUUUUCUGGUUGGUGGCACUGAUGUUAGCUGACAAUGCCCGUGAGGAUUACUUUGAGGAGGUAGAAAAGGACCCUAAGGGACAGGUCACCGCGGAUGAGUAUGAUAGGCAUGCGGUGGCGUAGGAAGCAACAUAAAAUGUGUUGCCUCGAAGAUUUGGACGAUUCCUGUGGUUUACUGUGUAAAUUUGGUUUAUGGUCAUAUUUUAAGUUUUCUUUAAAUCAAAACUUCAAAAGAUUCUACUUAUGGUUACUAUUAUUUUAGUUGUUCAAUUGUAUGUUAUAAUUGAAUGUGUC